AGAAAAAAAUGCUAGAGUUUGGCUGAGCAAUGAUUACAAGAGGGGAAACUUUAGUUCUCAUACUACUUUUACAGGAUAAGACUGUACAGUUGAGUACGGGAAGUGUAGAGGAAUUUUCUAUGGCGGGGAUAAUGGGAGAAAAUGAAACAAAACUCAGACAUAUUAACAAGAAGAAUCUUUUACAAACAAGGAGCGGAAAAUACACUACAAGGGAAGAAAUCCAAAAAGCCCCGUCUGAAGAUCAUCCCUGCCGGCCAACUAAGACUUCAGUGAAGAUAACCUUCCCUGAUAUGAAGAGUGAAGUGUUCGUCAAUUUCCUAGGGUACAAGGAGCCCAACCUUAUGCAGCUUUUGAGGUGCAAGGGAAGGUGCAGUUCUACUAAUGAAGAAAUAGAUUGUGUGGCAACUAGAGUUAGACAAAAGAGAGUAAAGAUGACGGUGAAAACGACGUUAAUAGGACGAGAUCCAAGGGAAAAGAUGAAAGAGAUGUUGCUGGAUGAACACGUAGAUUGCGGCUGCCAGGGGAGUGUACAGUGCAAGCAUAUAUCUUCACUUAGCUGUCGAGGAAGAUUUAACAACGAAACUUGUGAAUGCGAAUGCGAUGAGCAAAUUUAUAAAAAUAAAAUGUUAAGUUGUGAGUUGGCAAAGAAUUCAUACUGGGAUACUACAAGCUGUCAGUGUAAAAGUAAAAGCGUUUCAACACGAGGAGUAGAUCCAUAUACUUCUGAGUGUGUAGGCCCAGAUUCAGUUGGAGUUCAUGAUACGUACAAUCAGGAGGAGUCCAUAUCUUCAGAGGUUGUAAGCUGGGUACUGUUCGGGUGUUGCUUAACGACCUGUAUUUUCCUUGCUGCGUCAACUUUUUACUAUCAUAGAAAGGUUCGAAAUUUAGUUUCAACUCAGCUAAAAAUUCAAGGGGUCCAGUACAACAAUGGGGGUAGGAAUUCCUUUGAAAAUCCCGUCAAAGAAAAUUCGGGGAAUCACAGAAGAGGUGAAGAACACCUCAGCAACAUUACACAAGAGGAAAACCACACUAAGGAAAAAUUAACAGAAGACGACGGAAAACUUGAGAAAACCUCAAGAAAAUCUCGAGACAUUCACAAAACAAGGUGCAUUGAAAUGGGAGAAAUACAUUCCUCCCAUACUCCACCCCGUCUUCCUCAGCAACCACAACAGAAGCUUUUACCAAUGCAACCAAUUCCACAACAACAGGCACUUCCAAGAACAGGAAAAACGUUAGAAGAAAUAUUACUAUGGGAAACAUUAACUCAAGGAGGUGAACUCUACCAUGAGCAGUACAAUGAACAUGGUGUGAUGAUAGAAAAGAAUCUAUCAGAUCAUGAUCUGAUACAGAAAUAUCUUGGUUAAGUUAUGUCUCAAGGAAAAUGUUUAAAGCAUAACCCCUUCAAAUGUGUAGAUUACAUCAGGUAAAAUGCAAUUCCACUGAAUUGAUGAAUUUAAAGGAAAUGAGAGAAAAAAAAUGAUUUAUUGGAAGGUAACACUUAUUAGAUUUGUAAAUACAUUCAUUUAUCUAUUCAUUCACAGUGUUUUCGAUUAAGAUGUGUAUUGUAUACCAUUAAUGGAAAAAAGCUCAUGACCACCAUAAAGAUAAAGGGUGAAAGUUAAGAAGGAACUGAGUUUUUGCCACAAACUCUAAUUUUAUAAUCCCUAUAUCUU